AGCGCGGGUUGUGCGAGCAAGAUGCUUCGCCGUCAGCUCGAGGAAUGUAAGAGGAAGCCAGAAAUAUUCGCCGUAUGAGGCGCACGCUUCCCCUCGACCGCGGUGCACGGAUCUGUUCGCUUCCGGUAUACCCCUCCUCGCACCAAUGCCACGGACAGUUGGCUGAUGUACCACCAGCAGUACCGGACCCCUUCACCCGUGCCUUGUAUCAUUCAUCAAGCGGAAGCCUCCAAAGGAAAGAUGCACGUCUACCUGUGCGAGGCGCCAAGGGCGCUCGUGAUAACGGGAAAUGUGUCACAAGUCUCGUCCCAGGGCUUCGCAUUGGUCGUAUCCGCCGCAAACUCCAGCCAGGAUGGCAACCGAAAUGGGGCGAGUACCAGGUCCGCGGCCAAAGUCGCUGUUAAGCUGGUAGAUCUCGAAGAAGUCCCUAUUACUUCGAUGAAAAGGUUGACGCAAACCGCCGCGGCUGGUUGCCUGGGUAUCAUGAACGCCGGGUCGGAUAUUUUCCUGGCCUGCGUCACCGCAUCUUCAGAAGUGGGUGCCAUUCGACCGCGUGAAGUAGUCAUGCGAAUAGGUUCCGUCUCAUUCUUCUGCAUCAAUAAGUCAUUAUGGGACAACACGGUCGUAUCCGAAUCCUCUCCUGACCAUUUCAAUGAAUCAAGCGGCCCAAACACAAGCGAAGUCCAAUCCAGCAUCUACACCCACCCUUGCGCUGGGUUGCAGAAGUACAUGAGCGGCGGCACGUUCUACUACGCCAAAGACCGCACGUUCGAUCUUUCCACCCGCCUCGAUGCUCGACUGGCAGCGACGAAUGAUGUGGCCCGUGCUGAGCAACCGCAUGGACUUUCCGAGUACGACAGUCGCUUCGUCUGGAAUACAUACAUGCUCGAGUCUCUAAUCGAGUAUCGCUCGCGUCUCGUAGAGGAGGAGCGGGGCAACUUUGAUGCAGGUGGCUUCCUCAUGUGCGCCAUUCAAGGCUACGUCGGCGUCCAAUAUCUCAGCGGGUAUAGGUCUGCGUUAAGCUCUGACAAAUCGAGAGCGCAGAACAGCGUGGCGGUGAUUAGUAGAUUGAGCUGGAAACGGGCGGGGACUAGGUUUAACGCUCGUGGAAUCGACGAUGAUGGGAACGUCGCGAACUUUGUCGAGUCUGAACUCAUUUUCUGCCACGAUGGCAUCACGUACAGUCAUGUGCAGCUGCGCGGUUCCGUACCGCUCUUUUGGGAGCAGGCCGGGAUGCAAGCGAUCAACACCAAGAUCCAGAUCACCCGACCACAAGUCGCCUCGCAGCUGGCGUUUGACAGGCAUUUUGCCGAGCUGAUCUCACAUUACUCGCACGUUCAUGCGCUUAACUUGCUUGGCACGCGCGACAUCGAGACCGUCCUCACCGCCGCGUACUCGGAUCACAUGGAACAGACUUCGGCCGAGACAGUGCAUGUCCUGCCGCCUGAUGAAAGCCUGGCUAACGGGGCUGCUGACAUGAAAGGGGAUAGAGAUGCGCUUGUGCUGCAAGGCGACGAUGAUCGAGUUGCCCUCAGCAACUUUGACUUCCACUCCACGUCUCGCGCGGUCGGAGGGAUCGACGGCGUGCGCGGGCAGCUCAAGAACUUCACCGCAAUCCAAGCCAAAACUGCCUCAUUCGGGUUCACCAUCAUCGAUCGAGAAGGCCACAUACGCAUGCGGCAGCUCGGCGUCUUUCGCACUAACUGCCUCGAUUGCCUCGACAGGACCAAUGUCGUGCAGGAUUUCCUCUCGCAGUUUGCACUGGACGCAUUUCUCUCCCGUGCAUCAGCCGCCAACUCAGACACGUUUGUUGGCUUUGCGAACCCAUCCCAUCAUAUCUGGAGCGCUUUUCGCUCACUAUGGGGAUACAAUGGGGACGCGCUCUCGCGCAUCUACGCAGGCACCGGUGCACUCAACACGAGCUUUACAAAGACGGGAAAGAAGACGCUCGGUGGGAUGCUGAGCAAUGCGGUCAAGUCUGCUGCGCGCACGUACAUUAACAACUUCCAAGACAAGGACAAGCAGAAUGUCAUCGACAUGCUCCUUGGUCUCAUGGCGAACCAGCAGCCAGUUAAGAUCGUCGAUGUCGUACAUGACGCCGUCGAAGAAGAGCUGUUGUCGAGGCUGGAUGAGUUCUCAACUACCAUAGAGAUCUCUAUCUUUACUGGAACGUGGAACCUCAACGCCCGCCCACCCGGCGAUGCCCUCGACACUUGGCUGUUUCCCGACCCUCGCGCGUCUCCUGACGUUUACGUGAUCGGCUUUCAGGAGAUUGUCGAGCUGACGCCCCAGCAAAUUCUGAUGACCGAUCCGACGAAGAAGAAAGUAUGGGAAGGCGCUAUUCUCGAUGCCUUCGCAAGGCGCAGCAGCGCAGAAAAGGCGCCACGAUAUGUGCUCAUACGCAGCGAACAGCUUGUCGGCACCGCGCUUAUCGUACUCGUCAAAGAGGACUUGCUGCCUGCUUUGCGCGGUGUGGAGGCGGCGACAAAGAAGACAGGCUUGAAAGGCAUGAGCGGCAAUAAGGGGGGUGUUGGUGUCCGGUUGACGUGCUACGAUUCUAGCAUCUGCUUUGUCACCGCCCACUUCGCUGCGGGCCAUUCAAACGUUGAAGAACGUAAUGCCGACUACUGGACAAUCUCGCAAGGCCUCGUCUUCACGCGCGGCAAGAGCAUCCCAUUGCACGACCUCGUCAUCUGGCUUGGCGACUUUAACUACCGCAUCGAUCUGCCCAACGAGCACGCGAGGCAACUAGCCGCCAACGACGAUUACGACGCGCUGUACGCGCAUGACCAGCUUGCAACCAGCCGAGACAACGGCUCCGUCUUUCCCGGCUACGAAGAGGGGCCGCUACUCUUCCGCCCAACUUACAAAUACGACAAUGGGCGCGACACGUAUGACAGCUCCGAAAAGCAGCGCGUCCCCGCUUGGACGGAUCGCGUACUGUAUCGCCCAGACAACCUCAAGCAACGUGCAUACGGGCGUGCAGAGCUCAAAGCUAGCGAUCAUCGCCCCGUCUUUGCUCUCUUUAGCGGCGAAGUACGUUCGAUUGAUCAUGCAAAGCGCAUGCGUCUGUACGACGAGUUGCUCGAAUGCAAGGCGCCAGAACGAAAAAGGCCAAUAGCUCUUUCCGCACCUUUGAGGCCACUUGAUGUCGGAGAUCCUGGGCUGCCAUACCCGUCCAGUAAUGACUACCACUGGUGGGACGAUUCGGCUUCGUCAGAAGACGACGAAGCAGAACCAACGCAAUCUCGUCGAGCGCCGCUGCUUCGGCCAGCAGGUGAAAGGGGCAUGACGAGUGCAGCUCGACGACCACCUCCGGCACGUCCGGCUCGGUACAUAGAAGACAAAUGAUAUUCUCUAAAAG